AUGUCAACGGUAACGUGUGAAAAUUCAGUGAGUCGUUUGAUUGACAAUCGUAAGAAUAAAGUGCAAGUCGGUGAUGAACAUAGACAAGCAAGUGAAUAUCGAUGGCCACGUGAUACAUUAUUAUCUGUUAUUUCAAUAUUUGUUCAUUUUUCUACAAAAAGUUUAAAAGAAUUGGCAAAAUUAAUAAAUGAUCCUCAAUUACAUUUACCAGAAUUAUUAGAUGCUAAAUGUCAUUCACGUUUAGCCGAUAUUGCUCAUAUACUUUUAAAAUUAGGCGGCUAUGAUCCAAUAACAAUGUCAUAUCGUGGUUUACAAAAUUAUUUUCAAAAAUUAUUACCGUGUACAAAUUGGACUCAUGAAACAUUGCGACCACCAUUAAAUAAUUUAUUGAGACGAAUGUAG